AUGCAAAAGAGCAGCCUGACUCACAACGAUCGUCGAAAGAGUCUUGAUCCAUCGACGUCGGGCAACCACAACAACCAACCAGCCUCUAAAUUAUCUUCAUCGAUGAAACAAUAUCAAAAUGCCAACAUCUCGGAAAUCAUGACAAAAACAAGUCUUACAAAAAAUCUUCAGAACAUCAAGGAUGAAAACGAUGAUGACGAAGAAGACGUGAUCUCUUCUCCCAUGAUGGGUGGCACUUCAACAACAUCCAAUUCGACCUCCAUCUUUUACACGCUCCGAGAAAUGCAAGCCGAAAUGAAGAAUUUAUCCACCAAAGAACAAGAAUUAUUACUUUCAUCACAUGAUGAAAAUAGUGAUAUGAGCGUUCUUGUCGAUGAUCCAACUCAACAAUUAGAACAUCAUGAGGAGGAUGAGGAGGAGCAUGAAGAGGAUCAUACACGUGAAGAACACGACGACAAUGAUGACGAAGAUAUUCAAUUAACGGACGUGGAAGAACAUCAUUCAGCACUACAACAAGCAAAAAAAGCUCUUACUGCCAUCAAUUCAUCAGCUCUUUCUUUCAAUCCAGUUCAUAAACUUUUGGAAAAACAUCGUCUAGAAAAUGAACGACGAAGACGACAGGGCUCGACUCCAUUUGUAUUGGAAUCUGUGCUGCCGUGUUGUUCCGAUGACGAAUCCACACAAGUUGACCUUACAGAUGUUUCGGAUCAUGGAAGAGAAGAAAAUGGUAGAGAAUCUCAACAAGUAGCAACAAAUCGAUCUCAAAAACUUUCAUCAUCGACAAUAGAGCAAUCGAAAGCGGAAAUGAAAGCUAAGAAUGUCACAACAGCUAGCCUCUCGAAAUCUGCAUCGAACGCAUCUCGAAAACCUCAAUCACAUCCUUCUCAACCUUCUCAGUCUUCUACGACAUCAGUGGCGACAAACAACAACACCCAAAGUCGAUCUACCUCCCCUAAAAUUCCAUCUACGAAACCUAGGCCUCAAUCCACUCAUCAGAACCAUCAACACUCUGAAGAUGAGCGAAUCAAGCUCGAAAAGAAAAAGAGAGAUCUUGAAAAAGAUGUUUUACUCAAAGAUUCGGAGAGAAGAAUUGCAUCCCUCACUCGAAAACUUGCAGAAUUUGAAGAUCUGUUUCGAAUACAAGAAGAAAAAGCUCGUACAGCUGAAAAAGAAAAAGAUAUUGAGCUCAAAGCUCUUCGUGACCUCUAUGAAGAAAAGUGGCUCGAAUUCAAAAAUAAGGAAAAAGAUUGGGAUGAAAAAAUCUCUACUCUCAUUUCAGAGUCAAGUGAAUUGAGUGUAAAAACAAAGAAGCAAAAUGAACAACUUAUUCAACUGCGCCAAAAGUUGCAAAUCAAGACAGAUGAGUCACAACAACUUCAAAAAGCAUUUAAAGAAAAGGAAAAUGAUUGGAAGGAAAAAGAAAAAACUUAUUUAAACAUUCAAAAGAGAUACAAUGAGCUUCUUUCUCAUUCUAGGGACAUUAAAAAGCAUUCCGAACAAGUGAAUGCAGAAAUGAGCGAUCUUAAAAAGGCAAACGAGGAAUAUAGUCAAAAAAUUUCUGAAUUGACAAAACUACACACCUCUAAAGUGAAAGAAAUGAAGGAGAAAAUUGAGCAGUUGAAUGAGCAAUCUUCUCAACAAAAUGAAACCAUCAAAAUGCUCAACAAGAAACUAGAAGAAGAACGAAAAACUUAUUAUCAAAAAGAGGAGAAAAUUAUAGAGCUCGAGAAAGAGUCACAAGAUGUAAUGAGAAAUUAUCAAGAGCUCAGAGAAACACUAUUAGCUGUCAACAAGGAAAAAGAAACUCUACUAUUGAACGAAGAAUCCAAAUUUAAAGAAUUAUUGGAGAAUGACGCUCGCUUACGCCAAGAAAACAAGGAAGCAGAAACUCGCAUUGGAGAAUAUGAAGCCAAAUUUUUGAAUUUAAAAAAAACAGUUGAAGAACAGCUUGAACAAUACAAAUCAAAAUAUGAAGAGGAAAAGAAAAGAUCAAAAAAGUAUCAAAUCAUUACAGAAAAACAAAAAAAGAAAUUUUCAGAAGAGUAUGAAAAACUCAAAGAACAAGUCAUGAAACGAGAAAAAAUGUUCGACGAGAAAAUACAAGAAUUGAAAAAAUUAUUGGAAAAUGAACGAAAGGAAAAUGAAAGACUCGAACGUAGAUGUGAACACUUGGAAAGUAUUAAAAGUGUCAUGACCUCGUCUCCUCCAAUGACCUCGCAUAUGAGAUUUAACAGCAAUGUUGUUAUGGAAUCUAUGAGUGCUAGUACAACCAUUAAGCAACAACCAGUGACUUGUAACAACAUGAAUGAGAAUGUGAAUCCAAAUAGAGAAACCAUGGAUAGUAUUAAACCAUUAUUCCGUCAAGUAGAAGUAACGCAGCAACAAGUUGCAGUGACGAAUCAAAAAGAAGAUCGAAGCACAGAUGAUGGCUCGAGUUCCACGUCGAGCUCUGAUUGUGAAUCUUCAUGUAGUACGUUAAAGAAAAAGAGAAGGCGAAGAUUGAAACGAACGAUGGUAGAAACUCGAAAUGUGACUGCUGACGGAGGAGUGAACCAUGGACAUGCUACAAGGUCUUCUACUCCCGUCGUCAACAAACCCACACAAGAGAGAAAGGAAAUGAAUGAAGAAACUUUUAACGCCUCUUCGACGGUUGUUGUGAGGAGAAAACAACCUGAACCAGUGAAAGAGUCAUCCUCAUGUGAUAAUUCAUUACUUGAGGAUCAGCAAUCAGCUCAUGAAACAGACAUUUCAGAAGCACCUUCUAUUGGAAAAUUGAAAGAUUUUGCCAAACUUCAAGAGGAAUGCAACAACGAAUUCAAAGAUUACACUCAGAAAAUGAAAGCCCUUGUUAAAGAUAUUAGUAUGCAUGGAAAAGAGCUGGUUGAACUAAGAUCUGUGGUAAAACAAAUUGACAAACGACCUCAACAAGAGAGCAGAAAGGAAGUUCCAAUCGCAACAAAAUCCAAAACUGCAAGCAAUCCAACAAUGACAAAGAAAAAGAAGAUUUUAAAGUCAACCUCGCCUCUCAAAAAAAGCAACAAGCCAUAA